AAGCUACUUACCACACAACCACCGUAUCGUGCAUCAUCCUAUACACUCUCACACAUAUUCAAGCCACCGAGGGAUCCUUUGUGCACUUGCUUGACCUGCUAGAAAUAGCAACCAAAUCUCACGUCUGAGGGCACGCUGUGGCCAGUACUUAUGUUUCAAAAUAAAAAUAGAAUGGUGACGUCUUUGAUCAAAGGUUUGUUGUAUCGAAACUGACUUCGAACAAGGCAACACCCACCCAUAUACACAGAUAUAAUCUAGAUAAAUUGCUCAAUGUUAUGUGUCUGACAGAGGAAACUCCCCCUUGAUUUAUGCUAUUUACACGAUUGCUUUAAAACAAACAAGACAAUUUUCUAUAAUAUCAAUGUAAUAAAUGUCAGAUCUUCGGCAAACGACCGCUCACCAUCAUUACUACUACUACUACUACUACUGCUGCUGACACAGUCUAACAACUGACGAAAAAAAAAGGAAAAUAUCGGAAGCUCUGCUAUCAACAACAUCGUAUUGCAGUAGCUGUGGAUUUAUAAAGGAAUACAUUACCUCGGUGAAUUCAUGACUUAAUCACCACCUUUAUUGAAGACGUCAACAGUUACAGACCUCACCUGAAUGAUUUUCCACGGGAAGCAAAACAAUUUGGUGGGCUACAUCCUUUCUUGCUCUAGUGUACUAAUUCACUCUUCCUGACACACACAUAUACAGAGAGGUGGUGGGGAGAUUCUCACAUACAGAUACAUACAAACACAUAGAAAAGAAGAAGAUAUUGAGAAAUGAAACAGCUACCACAAGGAAAUGGCAAGUAUGAAGUGGGAGCCAUGGAUAUCAUGACAGAAAGAAGUGAAGAAGAACCUGAUGGAUGUUUUCUUAGAAUAUAUUACCCCACCAUGUUGAAUUCAGAGGCAGCAAAAGGCCUAAGUUCAUCAUCCAGCAUGAAGUCAAACAUCAGUGAAUGUAACUAUUACUCUACUGAGAAGCAGAAUAAUAUAAGUUGGUUACCAAAAUCAGAAUACCGAGAUGGAUAUAUAUGCUUCAUUGGCAAAGAAAACUCAACUUUAUACAACUGUCUCUUCAAUUGGUUUGGUGGCAAUGUCCUCCUUCCAGUGCUGUGGAUGUCUCCAGUAUUUUCUGAUGACAAUAUUAACAAAUUUCCUGUUGUCAUAUUCUCCCAUGGCCUUGGAGGUAUGCGUACAACCUACUCCACUAUUUGCAUUGAUCUCGCAUCCCAUGGAUUCAUUGUUGUGGCAGUGGAGCACAGAGAUGGCUCAGCCUCUGCAACCUAUUACCUAAAUGAAUGCAGUCUGUUUGAUGAAGAAGGUAGUAACGUUGAUAAAUCUGACAGUAUUGGUUGUGUUCUCGAAGAAGAAUGGAAGAUGUAUGAACAACACAACAGAGAUGAUUUUGUUUUGAGAAAUAAACAGGUUAAAAUCAGACAACAAGAAUGUAUCCAAGCACUAGAGCUCCUUCACAAACUCAAUAAUGGGGAAACAAUUUCUAACCUUCUAGACACUAAUAUGAGUUCUGACCAUUUCAAAGUAAUGCUACUUCAUUUUUAUUUAUUCAAUUGAAUUAGAUUUUUAAUUGCUGCAGCAAAUGUCAUUGUACA